AUGACGUCGGAGAAUAGAUUGGCCGUGGAUAUGAUUCUGGCACAAAAGGAGGAGUUUAAUGUUGGGGACCAGUGUUGUACGCUCAUCCCCGACAACACAGCUCCAGACGGGACCGUCACUAAGGUCCCAUCGCGGCUCUGCCAGGAGCCGGAGCCCUGUCGCCCCGGCUUCGGCGCCGAGAGCUACACGUUCACGGUGCCCCGGCGGCACCUGGAGAGAGGCCGAGUCCUGGGCAGAGUGAGUUUUGAGGGAUGCACCGGCCAACCAAGGACCGUCUAUGUUUCUGAUGACACCAGAUUCAGAGUGGGCACGGAUGGGGUGCUGAUGGUCAAACGGCCUUUACAGCUGCAUAAUCCAGAGAUGAGUUUCCGGGUUCACGCCUGGGACUCCGCCCGCAAGAAGCUCUCCACCAAAGUGACGCUGAAGGCAGCAGUGCACGACCACCGCCAGCACCACCACCACCACCACCACCACCAUGACUCUCUCCCUGAAACCCAGACGGCAGUGCUCACAUUUCCUGUCUGCCACCGUGGUCUCAGAAGACAGAAAAGAGACUGGGUUAUUCCUCCAAUCAGCUGCACAGAAAAUGACAAAGGGCCAUUUCCUAAGAAUCUGGUCCAGAUCAAGUCUAAUAAAGACAAAGAGACACAGGUUUUCUACAGCAUCACUGGCCAAGGAGCUGACGCACCCCCCAUCCAUGUGUUUAUUGUUGAAAGGGAGACAGGAUGGCUCAAGGUGACGCAGCCUCUGGAUAGAGAAGCAAUUGCCAAGUACACACUCUUGUCUCACGCUGUGUCUUCCAACGGGAAUGCAAUUGAGGAUCCGAUGGAGAUUGUGAUCACAGUGACAGAUCAGAAUGACAACAGGCCUGAGUUCACCCAGGCGGUCUUUGAGGGGUCUGUCGUGGAAGGUGCUCUCCCAGGAACCUCCGUGAUGCAGGUGACAGCCACAGACGCGGACGACGAAGUGAACACCUACAACGCUGCCAUCGCUUACAGGAUCAUCAGCCAAGAGCCUAAACAGCCUCAUUCGCAAAUGUUCGCCAUCAACAGGGACACAGGAGUCAUCAGCGUGCUCACUACCGGGCUGGACAGUGAGAAGUUUCCCAAGUACACCCUGGUGGUUGAAGCUGCUGACCUUCAAGGUGACGGCUUACGCACGACUGCAAAAGCUGUGAUCACGGUUCUUGGCAUCAAGCCUCCGGAACUGGAGCCCACCCCGGACUCUCUACCUGAAACCCAGACGGCAGUGCCCACAUUUCCUGUCUGCCACCGUGGUCUCAGAAGACAGAAAAGAGACUGGGUUAUUCCUCCAAUCAGCUGCACAGAAAAUGACAAAGGGCCAUUUCCUAAGAAUCUGGUCCAGAUCAAGUCUAAUAGAGACAAAGAGACACAGGUUUUCUACAGCAUCACUGGCCAAGGAGCUGACGCACCCCCCGUCGGUGUGUUUAUUAUUGAAAGGGAGACAGGAUGGCUCAAGGUGACGCAGCCUCUGGAUAGAGAAGCAAUUGCCAAGUACACACUCUUGUCUCACGCUGUGUCUUCCAACGGGAAUGCAGUUGAGGAUCCGAUGGAGAUUGUGAUCACAGUGAGAGAUCAGAAUGACAACAGGCCGGAGUUCACCCAGGCGGUCUUUGAGGGGUCUGUCGUGGAAGGUGCUCUCCCAGGUAAGGAGGAGCCAGAUAUCCAGAAAGAUGCUUAGGUUCUGUGGACCCCA